AUGUCUGGGCGUGGUAAGCAGGGAGGCAAAGCUCGCGCCAAGGCCAAGACCCGCUCUUCUCGGGCCGGGCUUCAGUUUCCCGUAGGCCGAGUGCAUCGCCUGCUCCGCAAAGGCAACUAUGCGGAGCGGGUCGGGGCUGGAGCGCCGGUGUACCUGGCGGCGGUGCUGGAGUACCUGACUGCCGAGAUCCUGGAGCUGGCUGGCAACGCGGCCCGCGACAACAAGAAGACUCGCAUCAUCCCGCGUCACCUCCAGCUGGCCAUCCGCAACGAUGAGGAGCUCAACAAGCUUCUGGGCAAAGUCACCAUCGCACAGGGUGGCGUCCUGCCCAACAUCCAGGCCGUGCUACUGCCCAAGAAGACCGAGAGCCACCACAAGGCGAAGGGCAAGUAGAAACCUGGAUUAGUUUGCAGCAACUCAAUCCCAAAGGAACAAAAGGCUCUUUUCAGAGCCACCUACAAUUUUGUGGAAGAACUGAGCACUAUGUUUAAUGUAAUUUCUCGUCUUUGCCUACUUCUAAACCACUCCAAAGGUUACGUACGUAGAUCAGUCUUCGGUGUCUUGGUUAGGUAGUGACAAUCUCGUUAGCUUUUUAAAAAGCCUGGAUAACAGAAGUAUUAAACCCCCCUUCAUCUUAAGCUUAGUGGAAGAAAAUUUAGUUUUUCCUAAGCUGGCAUUAUCCAAGUAUGUUGAAUUCUUUAUGGUUCACCGUCGGGUUUUGCUUUUAGUCUGUUGAGAAGCAAACAUGUCUGCUUUGGGGCCAGAUGUUUUCUGGGUCUUGGUAAAUGACAAACCAAGCAUUCGACGUUAAAUCCAAAUCUAGAUCAACGACUUGGAUUAUUCAUUUCUGAGAAAUAUCUCUCGAAUCUGUAUAAUUAAUUGCAUUUGAACAUUAAUGAUUGAGUUGAGAAUAAUUAUUAGAUUAAUUAUAGAACAGUUACUUAUGGUGCCAGGUAGUUCUCUUUGAAGCAUUUUCUGAAAAUUCAUUGAAAUUAAAAUUUCCCUAGCUUUCUCACCCCCAGCCACACAAAUUGAUUUCUUAGUAUAGAGAUGACUUAAUUUGUUUCAGCAUGGUAAAUUCCACUUUAAAAUAUCUGACUUGAUGUUUUUAAUGUGAAUCAGAUCUGGAUGUACGAAUGGAAUAGAUUCUAAAAAAAAAAUGAAUUACAUUUCUAGAGUAUUGGAAAAAUAAGCUGCAAUGGAAUUACUUUAAAAGUGAAAAGUUCACAUAAAGUUGUUUCUUUGACAUUUUUUGGCCUUGAAUUUCUCACAUGCGAACCAGCUUUUCUUGGUUAUAAAAAUAGAAGUUUUUAAAAUUUAAGUGGUCAAAAGAUAGAAAAUUGAGGGGACGGGUGUAUAUGGCUGUCCUGUCCAGUAUUGUAGCCACUAGCCAAUUGUGGAUAGUGAUCAUUGGAAAUUCCAUAGCAUGAAUUUUAUAUAAAAUACACAUUGCAUUUGGAAAAGUCAGUGCCAAAAACUGUAAAAUACCUAACAAUUUUAAUUUCGAUAACAUUGAAAUAUGUUGGCUAUAUUGGAUUAAGCAAAAUAUUAAAAAUUAAUUUUUCAUUGUUUUGUUACAAUGUUCUCCUAGAUAAGUGUAAAUUACUUAUAUUGCUCUCAUUUAUUUCCACUGGAAAUCGCUAGUAUAGUGAACAACUGUAUAGCGAAAAUAGAAAAUAAAAUAUGGAGACCAUGAACUGCUAAGUCUGUCAGAGGAAUAGGUGAACAACAAAAAUUUGAGUCCUUCGCCAAUCCGGUUACUGUUGGGUAGGCCUUCAGCAUACUUUUGUCCAAUCAGCUUCAGACUCUCACUAUAAAUAAGCGGCUAGCUUUCUCUUUCUCCUGAAGUGAAUCUAGCUCUGAAGGCAUGGCGCGUACGAAGCAGACUGCUCGCAAGUCCACCGGCGGCAAGGCUCCGCGCAAGCAGCUGGCCACCAAGGCGGCUCGGAAGAGCGCUCCGGCCACCGGCGGUGUCAAGAAGCCCCAUCGCUAUCGGCCUGGUACAGUGGCUCUCCGCGAGAUUCGCCGCUACCAGAAGUCCACCGAGCUGCUGAUCAGAAAGCUGCCUUUUCAGCGUCUGGUGCGUGAGAUCGCGCAGGACUUCAAGACCGACCUGCGCUUCCAGAGCUCCGCGGUGAUGGCGCUGCAAGAGGCAUGCGAGGCCUACCUGGUGGGGCUCUUUGAGGACACCAACCUGUGCGCCAUCCACGCCAAGCGGGUGACUAUCAUGCCCAAGGACAUCCAGCUCGCACGUCGUAUCCGCGGUGAGAGGGCUUGAGUCUCAAGGACUCACCGAUUACAUACCCAAAGGCUCUUUUCAGAGCCACCCACAUGCGCGCUGAAAAGAUCUGUUUCUCUCAGGAAUUCUUCCUGGUACUUGUUUUGCCUGUAGUAGAUAGGGCCCAUUUCCAGACGUUAUACAAUCUGUUUCGUGACUCAGCCUAUCCCUUUUUGAAUGCUAAUUUUGGGAGUCUUAACAUCUAAUAAUGUCCGGCAUUUUUCCAUAAGCAUUGAGUGUAGCCAAAAGUUCCUUCGUGUAUUGCCCUCCCAUCUCCGCAGCCCGGUUUCGACCGGAUGGUGCUUCUAAUUUUCUGCUAACCUGUACUGUGGUGUGUGUAUAUUUCUUGCCAACACGCCAGAAAUAAAACUAAGGUUGUACUGAAGUUGGAAAAAUUCAGGUUAAUGUAGCUCAUGCUGGCUAAAGUGAAACAUUCUCCCCCCGCCCCCCGUUCCUAAGCAGUGUUAAGUUUUCUUUGAAAUUUUUCAAGUCGGAUUUUGGGCCUGCUUAAACCACUUAAAUGUAGUUAAUGACAGAUGGUUUGAGGAUUAAAAGUCGUCUGGAGAAAGCCCGCCAGAGAACAUUCCCUUUGAAGCCCCAUGUAAAAAUACGUGUGGGAGAGAAAGUGUUUUCUCUGACUUCUGCUGACAGUGGCUAAAACUCUGAACUGUCAGGAGUAUUCAAAAUAAGACUGCCUUGUAGGUAAGCCUGUGGUAGUUUUUGUGAGCACAGGAUAAAAUACUUGAGUCUUUGCUUAAAUGUUACCUUCUCAUUGAGGCUUUGUAUGACUAAAUAAAAUCUAUAAUCCCCA